AUGGGAAACAUAACCAAGAGAAGCAGCAGGGAGCUGGUCGCCGACGGCGCCGAGCCCCUGGAAGAAGGCCCAGCUGCCACCCUCCACACCAGACUCUACGAGGCCAUCCUGAGGGAGGACUGCAUGGAGAUCUACGUGCUCCUGAGAAGACACCCGGUCAACCAGCCCAUGACCAUUCGGGCCAGCUCCACCAGAUACCGACUAUUUCUGAACCAGCAGACGCAGUCCAUCAUCCCCAUUCAUCUGGCUGCCAAAAACCGCAAGGCACAAAGUUUGCUUUGUUUAUUAGAACAUGGCGCCGACCCAGAAGUCAGGGACACAAGAGGCCUCACCACACUUCACCUGAUGAUACUGCACUGGCCAAUCACUUCUACCAUGUUGACACGAUCGGGGGACAGAAUCCAAAGGAUCCUGACAGACAGUCACACUAACGCUGUGAUGUGUCUCCGCAUUCUGUGCAAACACGGAGCUCAGGUCAAUGCUCGAAUGGACAACAGCAACCAACUUUCACCCCUCCACCUGGCCAUAACCUACGGGACCUAUCCAGUUCUCUCUAUUUUAGCCCAGAAUGGUGCCCACGUCAAUGCCAUUGACAAAUCCAGCAUGACACCCCUUCACAUGGCUGCCAACAUGCUGAAUAAGGAGAUGAUGGAAACACUGAUCGCCUGCGGCGCAAACGUGAACUGCGCCGUCUCCUCCACGGGGAACACGGCCCUUAAGCUGGCGGUCUACACCGCAUCAAGCAAAGCAGGCCGACUAUUGGCAGCAGGGGUGAGCUGCCGUUUGCUGCUAAUUCACGGAGCCAAAGUAAACGCCCAGGACCAUGAAGGUCAAACAGCUAUCCACGAGGCAUGUUUUGGAGGCAGGGAGGCAAUCAUCAACCUACUGCUCGAAUUUGAAGCAAACGUGAACAUACUAACAAGAAACGGGGAGUCUCCAAUACACAAGUACCUCCAGCGCAGUUCCAACAUAAGGGACACGGGGCUUCUCGCCAGGCUCGUGUAUCACUCUUACCCUUUGAGACUGACCAAUAACCAAGGAAUUCUACCUGCAGAAAUCAUGCUACCAGAAUUCCACCUCUUACGGGAAACCCUAAUAAAGUUAUCUCAAGAACCCUUAUCCCUAGAGGACAUCUGUAAGAGAAACAUCAGAAACAUUUAUGGUGAGAAAUACAAACAAUACUUAAAGCAGCUUCUCCCAGUGAAGAUCUGGAACUCUCUAUACGAUUAUUUUGACUUAGCUUACCUCUUGAAACAGGACCUCAAAGUUUUACCAGCCACACAAUUUCAGUAA